AUGAAAUCCCAUAGCCUCAACGCACAAGAGCAACGGGCUCGCUCUCUCCGCCGUACCCUCGCUGAGCGGCAAAUCGUGGAAGACAAUGCAGUCGCACCGCCACCAUCAUCAUCCACGACAUCGCAAACAGCAGGGCGCGAUAGCAGCACGUCACCAGCGGCGGAUCAUCGCCCAGAUAGACCUCCAAGUCCUCAAGUCCCAGCUCAGGCCCAGCCUACGUGCCCCUACGCCGGGGGGACAUUCAUAAUCCGGCACAUCAAAACAGGCCGAGUGAUCUCGCUGCAAGACGGCAUGCUCAGACUCCACGACGCAGGGAAAGCUCAUGAUGGUGGAAGCCAUUGGCGUUGCAUCGAGAGUCCGGAUCUAUGGCUCGAGUUCAGGAACGCCGUGUCUGCCAGGUUUAUCGAGACUGAUUGGUGGCAACAGCGACAAUUUGGCGCCACUGGUAUAUUGCACAGUGACGACGCCAAGUUCUGUGUGCGGCCGCACCCGGGUGGCGGGUAUCGCAUGCUUGUCAAGUACGAGACUGGGUUUAGGCCUAUGCUUACAGGUGGCAAUUUGGGGGAUCGGCUUGUUGUUGCCGAGGUCGGUGUUUUUGGGUCAUUGUGGGAGUUUCUCGAGGUCUGA